AUGGUCGGCAUGGGCAAGCAGCAGCAGCAGCAGGGAGAGGCGGAGGGGAAGAUCGUCCUCCAGGAGGAGACGGCGCCGGUGCCGCCGCCGGAGGAGGACAAGGAGGCCGAGGCGGCGCUGGUGCACAAGAUCUCCAGCCUUGCCGCCGCCAUCGGGAAGCUUCCGUCCCUGAGCCCGUCGCCGGAGGUGAACGCUCUCUUCACCGAGCUGGUGACGGCGUGCAUCCCGCGCAGCACCGUCGACGUGGAGCGCCUGGGCCCGGAGCUGCAGGAGAUGCGCGGCCGCCUGAUCCGCCUCUGCGCCGACGCCGAGGGCCUCAUGGAGGCGCACUACUCCGACCUGCUCGCCGCGUUCGACAACCCGCUGGACCACCUGUCGCUCUUCCCCUACUUCAACAACUACAUCCUGCUCAGCCAGCUGGAGCACGGCCUGCUGGCGCGCCACGUCCCGGCGCCGCCGCCGUCCCGCGUCGCCUUCGUCGGCUCCGGCCCGCUCCCGCUCAGCUCCCUCGUCCUGGCGGCGCGCCACCUCCCGGCCGCCUCCUUCGACAACUACGACAUCAGCGGGGACGCCAACGACCGGGCGCGUCGCCUGGUGCGCGGCGACGCCGCGCUCCAGGCGCGCAUGGCGUUCCGCACCUCCGACGUGGCCAACGUCAACCGGGAGCUCGCCUCGUACGACGUCGUCUUCCUCGCGGCGCUCGUGGGCAUGGCCGCCGAGGACAAGGCCCGCGUCGUUGAGCACCUCGGGAGGCACAUGGCCCCCGGCGCUGCGCUCGUGGUGCGGAGCGCGCACGGGGCGCGCGGCUUCCUCUACCCUGUGGUCGACCCCGAGGAGAUCCGGCGCGGCGGCUUUGACGUGCUCGCCGUGCACCACCCGGAGGGGGAGGUCAUCAACUCCGUCAUCAUCGCGCGCAAGCCUGUCGCCGUCGACGGGGUGGGAGUCGCCGAACUGGGACACGCGCACGCGCACGGCGCCGUGCUCAGCCGCCCCUGCCUCUGCUGCGAGAUGGAAGCCCGGGCGCACCAGAAGAUGGAGGAGGUGGCCAUGGAGCAGCUGCCGUCCUAGGCACGACGUCGUGCUUGCCUUUCUUGUUCGAUUGCCCCGUCGCCGCCGCCGGCCGCCCAUUCGAUUUCGGAUCAUCCAUCUCUAUCAGCUGGUCGAUCUAUAGUAUCGAUCCUCUGCAUCUACAUAUCCACAUAUGCAUGGUAAUAAUCUGCAGGUUGACCGCAUAUGCAUAUCAUGUCUCAUCCUAGCUCCAUCCCUUUGCAUCGUAGUAAUUACUAGCUCUAGCUGGUGUAUUAUUAAUUAAUUUGUCUGCUACUGUUAUCACCUGAUGAGUACUCUCUCCGUAUGCAUGUGUGGAGAUGAGUCAUGGAGUGGUUAAUUUUUAUUAGUAAACUCUCGAUGCUUAAAUUUGUCAGUCUGACUGUAUCCAGCAGGUUAUUAUUAAUAAUAUAUAUAUAAGCCAUAACAAUUCCAUCU